GAGUUAGAAAAUGAGCGGGGACGCGAUUUCGCGCUGGAGGAAGUAGUUUGUGAUUCACAGCUGAGAAAGGUGAAUGUGUUUUUAUCGAGUUGGGAAGUGCUGGUGGAGUUCAAGUGAAAAUCCCUCACUUACCGCUUAACAUUCUCGUGGGUGAAAGAGCAACAAAUGGAGUGUCCAAAAUUACAUCAAUUGUGGAUUUAAGUGCAAAAGUGAUAACCAUUUUGGGCAUUUUUUCUGGGACAAAGAGCCAAAGAAAAGACAGAACAAUCUGUUUGCUGAAGAGUGAUUUGCGUGCAAAAUGGGGAAGGAAAAGGUCACAGUAGUGACUCUAUUGACACUUGUGCUACUCCAGUGGAGUCUUGUGGCGCCUCAGACCCUCGUCAAGGAGCCCCCUGGGAUGCCGUGUUCCUUCUUCGAUACCGUUAACAUCACGGACGGAAUCCAAGACGCCGACGGCAAUAUUGUCUUCGACGGCAUCACCUAUCCGCCCAAUUUGUACGCAGAAUAUGAUUACGAAUUAGUGAAUAAAACCACGAAAUAUCCAAUGGAACCACAUUUGCGUGGAUGCAUUUGUCGUGUGAAAAACUGCAUCAAAUACUGUUGCCCAAAAAGACAAAUUUCUUACAAUAGAGAAUGUAUUGAAUCUAAUGAUAAUAGUGCUGUGAUUGUUGACGUAAUUGAAGAAGAUGGUAACGUAACAAAUAGUGUGGAUGUUGAAAAAAGAUUUGGAGUUGUUUAUGGAAAACCUUGCAGUAGUAUGUACAGUUUGGAUCCCGUAGAGUAUCCCGAGGAAGAUUCAUAUAAACUGCAGUAUGAUGGACAGUUGAGGACAGCAGAUGAUUUUCUAAGGGAUAAAAAUGAAUACUGCUUUGCAAGGACAUUGUCUGAAAAUAAAUCCCUGGAAGCUAUCACUCAAGUUUUUGUGUGUUUUCCCGAUCAAAUGAAAUCGAAAUUCUUCAUUUAUCCUAUUGGAAUGCUUCUCUCUGUGCCAUUUCUUGUGGUCACUUUCCUUGUUUAUGCCUUCAUACCGGAAUUGCGCAAUCUUCAUGGGAAAUCCUUGAUGUGCUACGUCUUAGGGCUCGCUGUGGGAUAUACCUUCCUAUCCCUGGUACAUCUCGAAGUGCCGUCAGAUAAGGAAUUUUGGUGCAUCUUCAUGGGAUUCACUGGGUAUUUCUCCUUCCUGGUAUCGUUCUUCUGGCUCAAUGUCAUGUGCAUUGAUAUUUGGUGGACUUUCAGAGGUGUUCGUGGUGUUCAGAGGGAUGUGGAUAGAAAGAAGUACAUCAUCUAUUCCGUUUAUGCCUGGGGAUGCUCCAUUGUGAUCCUCUCAAUUGCAUUGGGAAUGCAAUUCUCUAAAAAUGUUCCUGAUGAUAUGAGACCGGGAAUUGGUGUCGAUAGUUGUUGGCUUAAAGGUGAAAAAAUGACGGAAUUUUUCUAUCUCUACUUUCCUGUUAUAGUUUUAAUAUCAGUAAAUGUGAUUUUAUUCGCAUUAACGUCGAUUCAAAUAAGAAAACUGCAGAAGGAAACAGCAGCAAUGAACAAAGGUGAUAGCAGGAGGUUUAACAAGAUGGAAGCAGACCGAGAUAGGUUCAGCCUGUACUUGAGAUUGUUCAUCGUGAUGGGUGUCACGUGGAUAAUGGAAGCAAUUUCAUGGGCCGUAGAUCCAAAAAGUUGGGUUUUCUAUGUCUCAGAUGUCUGCAAUUGCCUUCAGGGGUUUUUCAUCUUCAUGCUGUUUGUGUGGAAGCCAAAGAUUAAGCAACUCAUCAUCAAAAGAAGAACGAAAAGAUCCGUGUCAGAAAUGAGCCUAGGAACAAUUAAAAGUCAUGCGACAUUUCGCGAUGAUAUAGGUCUUACCGUGGACUUCCGAUGUCCAGCAAAGCGUCCCGAUCGAGUACACGGACAAGCACAUCUCAUGUUUCAAUGGCCGCCACAUCAUCCAUUAAUCGGUCCAGUGUGAAGGCAAAUAAUAAUUGUGUAUCUGAGAAGUCUCACUUUAUGACAGAAAUUGGAGACUGAGUCGAUUUGGGACAUUAAUGGGGAGUGUCUAAAAAAAAAUAAAAGAGGCCAUCAAUGUCUUUAAGAUAAUUCUAUGCCAAAAAGUUGUACCAACAAAAUACCAUUUUAGUUGUAAGAAACAGCGGCAAUCGUGAGAAUGAAUAGUAAUUUUUUAAUCAACGUGCAAAGUGGAAUCAUUAUGUUUUAAUUGUGAAAACUGCUUCAUAAGCUUUCAAUUAGAUUGUAUUAUAAAUGAGUUACUGUAAUAUAUGAAGUAUAUUUCAAAUUAUUUGAUGAAAAA